UUUCCAUUACAUGGGGCCCUAGCCCUUUGGAUGCCGCUUGGGACGUUCCCCUUUCGGAUUCGUCAGGGCAAUUGCCAUGGCGGAGAGCAUUGAUGAGGAGGGGAAGAAGCUCUCACCGGAGUCUACAGGGCAAGCCUUCGGUGAGGUGAUCAGGGACUACACGCCGCAUCCAGACGCAAGCUGGAGAAGUGGCAAACCUGACUAUUUGUUAGUGAAUCGGACCUUCUUCGACCACCGGUCACUGGAGCAUGAGGUCGGUUCAUUGGAACAUGUGGUCAGCAAGCUGAUCAAGAACUGGGCGGUGGAAGCCCAUAAUGUGGCAGACGUGCAUUUGUGGAAGACCAUGGACAUCAACAAGUUCCAGGCUGCUUUGAACGGAGGCUGUCCUGUGCUGGCACAACAGAUGUCGGACCUGGGAUCCUGCAAUUUGUUCCUGGGUCAGACAAAGGAAUACAACUGUCGUUUACACAGUUUCGAGACAGCUCAGAAGGUUUUCCGGACAGCCUUCCCAAUGGGCUUUGCCUGGGAAUGCCUGGAGGUUUUCUCUGGACCUCCUACGGUUGUCUUCAAGUGGAGACAUUUCGGUAAAUACACUGGUGUCUUCACAGACAAAUCCGGCAAAAAGUACAAGGGCAAUGGAAAGAUGCUCAGCAUCGUGGGCAUGUGCAUUGCAAAGGUUAAUGCAGAGUUGCUCAUCACUGGUUUGGAUGUCUACUACAACCCAGAAGAACUGACUGGGCUGCUGACCACAAUGACAGAUCCGAACUGGCGGCCGGUGGGCGAGGAGGAAGCUGAUGGAACCGCUCAAGGGGGUGGCUGCCGGAAUAAUUCAUGUGAAGUCAUGUGAUUUAUAUGGAGCUAACCGACUCAACCAGACGAUAGCGGAUUGUAU